AUGAUGUCUAACGUAUAUGAUUCAUUGAGUAAUUAUUUUAUACAUUAUUCAAAUAAUCUAGGUUUAAUUCUUACAUCACAGCAGCUUGUAGGAAAUAAUUAUGAUUUGUGGAGUCGAGCCAUGAUUAUUACUUUAUUUUUAAAAAAGAAAUUUGAGUUUAUUAAUGGUUCAAUAUCCAAACCCACCCAUAAAAAUCUCACCUUUUUUCCUUCUUGGAUUUGAAUAAUAAUAUAAUUAUUACUUACUAUUUGAAUUAUAUUUCUUAAAAAGUAUCAAUUUGUACUUUUUUUUUCAGAUUAUGCAUAAGAAAUUUGGGAGGACCUUCAAUAUAGAUUUCAACAAAGUAAUGGUUCCAUACUCUUUCAAUUACCUCAUGAAAUAUUUAAUCACCAAAAAAAUCAAGACUAUGCCACAACUUAUUUCACCAAGUUGAAAGUUAUUUGA